GGGACCCCCCGGCCGGGGCCAAGCUCUUCCCCUUUCCAGGGCUGGGAGAAGGUUAAGGGCUUGGCACAUUCUCUUCGAGAGAAAUGGUACUCAAGGAGUCUGUGAAAUGGGCCUGGAGCUAGCACUGGGUUUCCAGAGAACUGCCUAAGGGGGUGGUGUAAAGGGCCUCAGAGGAGCAGCUGGUGUGGCAUCUGGUGCUGGAAGAAGAGCGGGAGCUGAGGCGGGUGUCAGCUAGAGGAGGGUGGUAAGCCCUGUGACAGAAGUGUCCCCCUGGACCACUGUUGAGCGCCUGGAGCCAGCCGAGUGUUUUCGGUCAGGUUCCUCUCUUUUGUAACGGUUACUGGAGGCGCGAGCUCCGGUGAAGCCUUUCCAACGUGUCGGGACAGAUGAAGAUGUGAUACCUGGCAGUGGCUGAAGCCAAGUCGAGGAUCUGAGACUUUGGGAUGUUUUUCGUUGACGAGGUCUCUCAGCACUUUGAAGAAGUGUGGAGGAAGACCUUGAAUCAGGACAGGGGUUUGAAAUGCUGAGUUUUUUGUUUUCUGUAGUACCUACUGGUCAUAUUGGGUCAAGUAAUUAAUGUGUGUGUGUGUGUGUGCCCUGACCUGAAGGUAGUAAUUGUGGGAAAUUGAGUUUUGAGGUUAUUUGAAUAUUCUUCGGAACUUCCUUGGCACACAAAUAUGGAAUGAAAACAGGCCAAAUACCAUAUCCAAAUCCCUUAAGGCAUAAUUUCAUGCUUAUUGUAAUCAAGAAAUAUAAGGGUAACCUAAAUAUAAAGACCGUCUGAUGGAGUUGCUUUUUGGCUCUCUAUUUUAAUUUUGAAAGAUGGAUGCUGAAUUUUGCUUUUUAAUUUUUAGAGUACGUUAUUGGAGCUGGAAGGUUUAAAACUAGGAAAGGGUUUAAUCCUAUCUCUGCCACUUCCUAGCUCACAGUGAAAUCAUAGACAAGAGAAAGCAACCAGUGAAAUGAAUACUGCUGAGGACUGGGGACUCAUUUUGGAUAUUUGUGAUAAAGUUGGUCAGUCUCGCACUGGACCUAAAGAUUGUCUUCGGUCUAUUAUGAGGAGGGUGAAUCAUAAAGAUCCUCAUGUUGCUAUGCAAGCUUUGACUCUUCUAGGAGCAUGUGUGUCAAACUGUGGCAAAAUUUUUCAUUUAGAAGUGUGCUCAAGAGAUUUCGCUAGUGAAGUAAGCAAUGUGUUAAAUAAGGGUCAUCCAAAAGUAUGUGAAAAAUUAAAGGCUCUUAUGGUUGAAUGGACAGAUGAAUUUAAGAAUGAUCCGCAGCUUAGCCUGAUAUCAGCAAUGAUUAAGAACCUUAAAGAACAAGGAGUUACGUUCCCAGCUAUUGGCUCUCAGGCUGCAGAACAAGCAAAAGCAAGCCCAGCUCUGGUAGCCAAGGAUCCUGGUACUGUGGCAAACAAAAAGGAAGAAGAAGAUUUAGCAAAAGCCAUUGAGUUGUCAUUGAAGGAACAAAGGCAGCAGUCCACCACCCUUUCCACCUUGUAUCCGAGCACAUCCAGUCUCUUAACUAACCACCAACACGAAGGCCGAAAAGUCCGUGCUAUAUAUGACUUUGAAGCUGCUGAAGAUAAUGAACUUACUUUUAAAGCUGGAGAAAUUAUUACAGUUCUUGAUGACAGUGAUCCCAAUUGGUGGAAAGGUGAAACCCAUCAAGGCGUAGGGUUAUUCCCAUCUAAUUUUGUGACUGCAGAUCUCACUGCUGAGCCAGAAAUGAUUAAAACAGAGAAGAAGACGGUACAAUUUAGUGAUGACGUUCAGGUAGAGACAAUAGAGCCAGAGCCGGAACCAGCCUUUAUUGAUGAAGAUAAAAUGGAUCAGUUGCUACAGAUGUUGCAAAGUACAGAUCCCAGUGAUGAUCAGCCAGAUCUUCCAGAGCUGCUUCAUCUGGAAGCAAUGUGUCACCAGAUGGGACCUCUCAUUGAUGAAAAGCUAGAAGAUAUUGAUAGAAAACAUUCAGAACUCUCAGAACUUAAUGUUAAAGUGAUGGAGGCACUUUCAUUGUAUACCAAGUUAAUGAAUGAAGAUCCGAUGUAUUCUAUGUAUGCAAAAUUACAGAAUCAGCAGUAUUAUAUGCAGUCAUCUGGUGUUUCUGCUUCUCAGGUAUAUCCAGGGCCUCCACAGAGUGGUGCUUACCUGGUUGCAGGGAAUGCACAGAUGAGCCAUCUUCAGAGCUACAGCCUUCCCCCCGAGCAACUGUCUUCUCUCAGCCAAGGAGCGGUUCCACCAUCUGCAAACCCAGCCCUUCCUGGUCAGCAGACCCACGCUGCUUACCCGAACACAAUGGUUAGUUCUGUUCAAGGAAGUACGUAUCCCAGCCAGGCUUCGGUAUAUAGUCCUCCUCCUGCUGCUGCCACUGCUGCUGAUGUCACUAUGUACCAGAAUGCAGGAACUAAUUUGUCCCAGGUGCCAAACUAUAAUUUAACAUCAUCAACACUGCCUCAGCCAGGAGGCAGCCAGCAGCCACCUCAGCCACAACAACCAUAUUCUCAGAAGGCUCUGCUAUAGGACCUGGUAUUCCUCUUUGUGGGAGAUAUCUGCUAAAUGCCGCAGACAAUAUUAGGAGAGUGAUUAAUAUCUUAAGGUUUGUUUGUCCUCAACUCAUAGGAAUCUAUCUUGAUCAGCAAGUUAAAAUAUUCAAGAAGGUAGGACUCUCUCCAGUUUGCACUGACUUUUUCGAGGUUCUCCUCCCCCUCCCAAGCCCCCAGAGGAAUGAAACUACUUACAACAUUUAAUUCCUUUUAUAAUACAAAGAAUUGAUACACGAUUAUUUGUCUCGUAAAAUUACCUGGUCUGCAAAAGGUCAAACUUAUAAAAACUGUCUUGGGAAAUGUCAUGUACAUCUAUUAAUAUGUAACUUCAUUAGUGCCCAUUUGAAUCACAGUGGUGAUCAUGUGAAUAUAUUUAACACUGUUAAAUUAAUUUGCAUUGCUAUUUUAUUUUAAUCAUGAACAACUACCAUGUUUCAUAAUGUAUUGUGUACAUUUUAAAUAAUUACACUAUCCUUUUAAACUGCAAGAGAACAAAGUUGUAGCAUAUUUACUGAAGACAUUAUAUUGUCCAGAUUUCAGGUUCACAUUAAGUGGAACCUUCCUUUUACUAAUUGUGAGCUAAACAGAUGUAUAUUAUGUCUUUCUGUAGCCUCUGCAUACCGCUAGCUGUCAUCACACCAGUGUACAGUAGCUAAAUUUUUGGUAUAGUUCUAGCAAAUGAUAAUGUUCCCUUUUAAAGUUUCACAUUUUGGCAUGAUAUUUCAGGUUUGUGGGACCAUGAGACAAAAUUAAGUAGGAUGAUAUUCUUUAUAUCCUAUUUUAAAAGAAAUAAUGUUGAUUUACAUUUUCCUAGUUGAAAAUAGUAAUUAGGUUUCUAUGCUGUAUACUGUGUUUUUUUGGUGGCAGUUACACCAAAGAUAGAGGCAAUGGGUAGAAAUUUUUAAACUGGAAAGAAAACAUGAAUUACACUACAUUUGUAAAAUCACUUGUAAUUAUUUAGGAUAUAAGUAAAUUCGAUUCAUCUGUCUUAGCCCACUGCUAGUCUCUUAAAAAUGUCUUUAACAUAUUGUAUCUUCAUUAAAAUGGAUAUAAGUAGAUGUUUCAAAGUAAUUUAUAUUCAUGAGUUUGCUUAACAGUUUAUUUAUUGUUAUUUUUCAAACUGGAUUUUUGGGCUGCUCUCUGUCUCUCUUUAAAAUUAUAGUGGAGUUUUUGGUUUCCUAGUUGGGUGUAGGUUUCAAUGAAUGCUUUUUUUUUAUUCCAUAUGAAAAAUAGUUUUCACUGACAUUUUAAUCUUAAUUAUUUAUAAUUUCUCUAAUAAUGGUAGGUUAUAAUUGAACACUAUCAUUUAAGUAGAUGAAAAUUUGAGUUGAAAAACCAUAUCUGAUGAAUUGAUUUAACAGGUUUCAUACUAUAAAUGAGAAUGUGAUUUGUAUUUUCUAAGACUGUUGUCAGCAAGUAGCUUGUUUCCUUUUGGACAGAUGGCUCCAUCUUUGACAAAUGCUCUUCCUGGUGUCUCAUUUCAUAGGUUCAGAUUAAGGCACUGCCUUCAACUUAAGAGUUUCACUCUAGUAUUGUGUUUUUCUGAAUUUAGAAAAAUAUGUUGCCCUGAAAUAGCAAUUUUAACAUUUGAAUUCAAAUAUCACACUUCAAAUAUUUUUGGUAAAUUAUUUUUGAUAAACAUUGUCAAACAGAUUAUUAUCUUUGUUCCAGUUUGAAUAUUAUGGUUUAACUGAUAUACUUUCUCCAAGUCAUACUCUUUUUCUUUGUCUUUUGAUAAACUUCUGUUUACCACUAUCAUUUCCCCUUUUUAAUAUCCAUCAUUCUGUAAAAUCAGUGACCUCUUUUCUAAUAUGCAUUUGCCCUAUAAAAGCCAAAGAAUGGUAAAGUGAAAAAACUAGUUAUUAUGAAGCAUGUAUUUUUCUUUACUUGUUAGAGGACUAGGCCUAUAAAGAUUGAGAUGAUUAGACUUAAUACUGACACUUAUUAGUUUGUGCCUUUUACUUACUAAGAAUGAAAACAGUAGAUGGAAAGUUUUCUGUAAAAAUGAAGCCAUUUCUUUUCCAUCUUUCAAAGACGUGGCAAGAAUGGAAAUGGGAAAAGGACCUGUUAGGAUCACAAGUGUUUCAAGUGUUUUGUUCUGAAAUCUGUGUGCUGCACUUACGAGAAAUUUUUCAUUAGUAGCUGUCCUUACUUUGAAGGAGUAUAUUUCUUUUAUUAUUUUCUUUUUAUAAAAUGAACUAAGUAUAAUGUAAACUUCUGUGAAGCAAAUUUUUCUCAGUUUUUUUUUUUUUUUUUAUCUUACCAUGUUUGAAAUGUGUUUCCAUAAAACAGUGACAAUUGAAUGGAGAAAAUUCAAUCCAUUUACUGUUUAGCAUUUGUAGCCUAUAGAUGUCAAGACCUUUUGAUUGUGAUAAUACAUCAGUGUUCUAAACCUACCAGGAGUGACUUGUAAUAUGUACUUAGUGUGAUUUUUACAGUCUUUGCUGGUUCUGUGGUCUUCCUUCAAUGUACCCAUCCCCCCUACUCAGCUAGGGACCUUAUGUGCAGAGGGAUUCCCUUCUACAUAUUAAAUAUUUCUGUAACUUUGUAUUUAAAAUGCUUAAUAGACCAGUAUUAUUCUCUUCUGUUAACUACAGCUUUAAUACAUGACAUAUGUAUAAUUGAGCUUGAAAAUAUCUUUUUUUUUCAGAGCUUCAGUUAUAUGUAAGAGAAAUGACUUCCCUACAUGAUAAACUGCACAACCAUGAAAAUUAUCAGAAUUAUUUUCAAAUAUAAGGUUUAUUGGUAUAAUAGGUCAGAUUUUCAUCUGUUUAAUACACAUUAAAAGAUCACAAUUUUCAUUUUC